AUGGCCAGCCACAGAGCGCAAGCACAGUUCCAGCGUGCAAAAUGGCGACCGCUGCUUCUUGUCCCAGCCUGGUUCUUGCAGCUGGCGUUGGCAUUUGGAAUGCUGGGACUCUUCUCAUGGAGACUUGGCGACACUAUCCAUCACUUUCAAGCCCGAGAUAAGGCUGGUAAAGCUCCCGUCAUCGAAUAUGUCUGGGAAGCCACCAAUGUCGCAUUAUCAUCCGUCGUCGCGUUCUGCACCAUCUUCGAGAUUGCCAGAUACUUUUCUGAGUCGUUGACCCCAUGGACAAUGCUAUUCUCGCACGUGGUCAAAUUGGCAUGCGCAUCUGCCAUCCUCGCCCUCGACGUAGUCAUAUAUGUGCAACGAAGCGAUGCUCAUUAUUCUCUGGUUGGCCUUGGCAUGGACGCCUUGCUAAUGGUCAUUGCCAUUUCGCUGGCCAUUUAUGCCAUCAUGGCGUAUCGUCGGCUGUCCAAGUACGACGACUACUCUCAUCCUGUCAACGUCAAGCCAUACGGCUUCAACGAUGGAUUGGAUGGCGACUCAUCGUACUCUUCGUUUUCAAGCCGGACAGGAUUGCGAACCUCGACGGACAAGCGGGGAUCACUUGGAUCCGAGCGUCUCAGCAUUGGAUCUCUCGGGAGAUCCCUCUCGAACCCGACCAUCAUCCAGCCGGUGGAACAAAGACCGAGGCGCUAUAGCCACGAGAGAGACACGCAAUUUGACGAAUACAUGGUUCGCAAGACUUCGGGCGGCUAUUCAAGUCCUCCCAUCGACACGCCUUUGGGAGAUUCAUUGACAGCGAUCGGUGCUAUCCAUUCCCGCUCACGAGGGUCAAGUGUAUCGCAGACCUUGAGCUACAAUAGCGAUCACGUCUUGGUUUCGGUGCCAGAAGAGGAGGGCGAGAUGGUUGAAACGCCAAAGGAUCCUAAACGGGAUCAUGAGACUUUGCUGGCACACGGUUCACACAAGUGA